GACGCUCUUCCCACCGGGUCUCGUGCUACUUCGUUCCCACUUCUCCUUCUUCACUGACCAUGAGACGCAACAGCAACGCUUCCAACUCCUGUCGCAUUGAACGCAAGAGAGCUCAUGACAGAGAAGCACAAAGAGCAUCGCGAGCGAAGACGAAGCAAUACAUUGCUCACCUCGAGAAGACGAUAGCAGAUUUGACUGAGGGCAGCGGCGACAACCAUGCAAACUAUCUCGCUCAGCAUGCUUCCCAGCAGUCGCAGGAGAUCGACAAGCUGCAAGGUCUCGUCAACAAGAUUCGCACGCUUGUCCAGGACACCGUAAAGUCCGAAGAGGAUGGUUUGCCCGAAGGAAAUGCCCUGUCCCCUUCCAAAACAUUCUCGGUGAUGAACUGGGAUGCUCAAAGUGAGGACCGGUGCCUCAUGAAUGAUGUUACGCAACCGCAAUCAAGCAAUUUCAAACAAGCACAAGAACCUCGCCAAGCUGCCUCAUCACCCCGAAGUCUCGUGGUCCUAGGUGUCGACCUGUACUGCGAAGACAGUGACGAAGCAACAUAUCUUCUGCGCCUCAACGAGCUGAUUGAGAAGCUCGAGAAGACUCCUGACAAUCUCUCCAGCCUCGAAGAAGACCAGGACAUCCUCAUCCGAGCCAUCACCUGCGGCUGGGACGCAUCGGAACGCCUCCACCACUUUGACAUCGUCUGGAGAUUCCUUCGAGCCUUUGACGAGGGCUUAUGGCAUCGAGCUCAACCGAUCGAGCGUUUUGCACAUUUCUGGAAUGUGCGCUCCACAAUGUUACACAAGAUUCAGCUCAAGAAUCAACCAAGAAGGAAGAUGGCCACAUUCAUGUCUACUACAGUUGGUCAGCGAUCGAGCUCGUACCCUGCAAUUAUAGAUUACUUUGGCUGGCCGCAAGUCCGCAAACACCUGCUGACGACAGGUCUCAAGCAAUGUACCGACCGCGGAGUUUUGGCUUUCACAGAGAGUUUCCGCUUUGUCUGGCCUUGGGAAUUGAGAGAUGCGUAUAAGAUCAACAAGACUACCGGGAUGUACUCAUUCUCCGAGGCGUUCCUGAAGAGCUUCAACGACAUUUCUUCUUUCCGGCUACUGGCCAAUGAAUUGGUACCAUUCGAAGUGAGGCCCCCCUCUCAAACAGUACCGGAGUCGAACUUUGCAGACGCAGAUGAAGGGGACACUUCUGCGGAUGAUGAGUUCAGUCAUCCGGAACCGACGUUUGGGGCAGCGGCAGCUGUAGCAGCAAGCGAGGGCGAACAAGUAAUGCAUACCGAGCCCAGCGCGCAGGACUGGAUGGCCACUCUUGCAAGUCUACACGAAGCCGGACGACAUGAGAUACAAUCGGUACAUGCAUUGCCGAUAGCUCCAGAGACGAGUCUUGCGCUGUGGGGCAACACUCGAGAGCCAGUGGGAUUCUUUUGACGAUGAACUUUAGACGUGCCUGUCAUACACUAUACACUUGCUAAACGCAAACUUGCGUGCAAAAAGAUUGAACGUCGACUCACAGAAAAGAGGUACUGUGUGCGUGCUUAUAGGUGGUGCAGUCAGCGUCUUGUAGGUAGGUAUUCAAACAUGUCGACUU